AUGGAUGUAAUGAAAUGUGUUGUCCAGUUUAAUGAACUAUCCCCUGACAUUUUUGCAAAACCAUCAGUAUCAACUGCCAAGAUUGAUAUUGCCAGGGCUGUCUAUUGGACAAUUUAUAGUGUUGUGACCUGCGGCUCCCAUAUUGCUGCCCUUGUUGGGUUGACACCGGAGAUGACCAUAGCAACAAUGGGACGGGAACUGUCAGAGUUGGCUGGUAAAAUCAGGAGUAUGCACACACUCCUGCAACAGCAAUUAAAUCAUUGUAAAGAAGAACUUGACGCUUACACCUGGCUCGAAAUCAUCUUCAAGAGGCCCCGCCGCCGUGACAAUUUGGAGAUCCUCGAGGCCUUAUUUUUUCAUGUUGAAGGUGAUAAGCAAAUUCCACCCCUUGUAGUUGGCAACACAAAGGCAGAGGACAUGAACCUGUUACUGGUCAUAUCUGGCUCUGAUGAAAGGGCAGAAGAGAUUAGGGCUCUUGCUAAAUUGUUCGAAGACCUGCAAAAGAAGGGAAAGUUUCAAUAUCAAGUGCUGUGGCUUCCAGUGGUUGACAAGUUAAAUGAACAAAAAUUUUCUUUGCUGCAAUCUCUGAUGCCUUGGUACACUGUCCAGCAACCUUCAAUUAUAAAACCAGGGGCGCUUAGAUACUUCAGGGAGGUAUGGCAGUUCAAAAAUCAGACGAUUCUGGUGCGACUAGAUUCAUCUGGAAGUGUGCCAUCCCCUUUUCCACUUGACUACCUGUGGCUGUGGGGAGAAUUGCCCGGAACAAGUGAACCACCGAGUUUGGAUGACAUAACCCUAGAUAUAAUUAUUCAUGACCUUUAUACAGUUGAUUCGUUCAUAGAUUUCGUUUAUGUGAGCAAUAGCAGUAUCAUUGAUCAGAUCAACAAUGACGAUGACGGUUUCAUUGCUGGGAUUGGUCGCUACUGGGAAGAAUCAGAGAGUUGGCGAUUUUGGAUCAGAUUGAGGUGCAUCUUCUCUACUGUAAUAAUACAGGAGAGGAAAGUUGAUAUCAUGAAAGAUGUCAUGACUUUGCUUAGCUUCCAUGGCAACUAUAGAGGAUGGACUGUGUUUGGUCAGUUAAGAUCAACUCAGAAAAUCGCUGCAGCCCCUUGA